GCAUUGAGCCACCGACUAGUCCACGCGUUAAUUCAGUUUACUUCGUAAAAUUUGUUGUCUUGCACAAGCUUUUCUCUCUAUUCAGAUGGUUUCAGUUUUCAUAGUCUUCUGCGUGGCUGUUUUAAGCUCUAACUCUCAAGCUUAGAUACUCAAUGAAGUUUAUUCUUACUAUGAUGAGUUCGAUACCUUAUAUACUGUUUGUCUCUUCUCUUGUAGUUUCCAUAGCAGCAGACACAUCAUCCAUUUCACAAUCCCAAUCCCUCAGUUUCGGAAAAACCAUAGUUUCCCCAAGUGGAACCUUUGAACUUGGUUUCUUCCAUCUUGGAAAUCCAAACAAAAGCUACCUCGGGAUUUGGUUCAAGAAUAUUCCGUCGCGAGACAUUGUUUGGGUUGCAAACGGUGGCAACCCAAUCAACAAUUCCUCUGCCCUCUUGAGCCUAAAAAGUUCUGGCCACUUGGUCCUUACACACAAUAACACUGUAGUUUGGUCCACAAGUUCUCUAAAAGAAGCAAUAAAUCCAGUGGCAAAUCUCUUGGAUUCUGGCAAUCUUGUGAUAAGGGAUGAGAAUGCAGCAAAUCAAGAGGCAUAUCUGUGGCAAAGCUUUGAUUACCCUUCUGAUACAAUGGUGUCAGGAAUGAAGAUUGGAUGGGACCUCAAAAGAAAUCUCAGUAUUCACCUUUCAGCUUGGAAGAGUGCUGAUGAUCCAACCCCAGGAGACUUCACUUGGGGUAUUAUUCUGCACCCUUAUCCUGAAAUGUAUUUGAUGAAGGGAAACAAAAAGUACCAGAGAGUCGGACCAUGGAAUGGUUUGCAGUUCAGUGGCGGCAGGCCGAAAAUUAACAAUCCCGUUUACCUUUACAAGUUUGUCUCCAACAAGGAAGAGAUUUAUUACGAAUGGACUCUCAAGAAUGCUAGUUUACUAUCAAAAUUGGUAGUUAACCAAACCGCACAAGAUCGUUCUCGUUAUGUAUGGUCAGAGACGACUAAAUCAUGGGGGUUUUAUUCAACAAGGCCGGAAGACCCUUGUGAUCAUUAUGGGAUUUGUGGAGCCAAUGAAUAUUGCAGCCCUAGUGUAUUACCAAUGUGUGAGUGCUUAAAAGGGUACAAGCCUGAGUCUCCUGAAAAAUGGAACUCAAUGGACAGGACCCAAGGAUGUGUCCUCAAACAUCCAUUGAGUUGCAAGGAUGAUGGGUUUGCUCCAUUGGACAGGUUGAAAGUUCCUGAUACUAAAAGAACAUAUGUGGAUGAGAGUAUUGAUCUAGAGCAAUGCAAAACCAAGUGCUUGAAAGAUUGUUCUUGUAUGGCAUAUACAAAUACAAAUAUAAGUGGAGCAGGCAGUGGUUGUGUCAUGUGGUUUGGUGAGUUAUUUGACAUCAAACUGUUUCCAGAUCGCGAAAGUGGGCAGCGUCUAUAUAUAAGGUUGCCUCCUUCAGAAUUAGAGUCUAACUGGCACAAGAAGAUCUCUAAAAUAGUAAAUAUAAUAACCUUCGUUGCUGCAACUUUAGGCGGUAUCCUUGCAAUUUUUUUCAUCUACAGAAGGAACGUUGCUGAUAAGUCAAAGACAAAAGAAAGCAUUGAAAGACAACUAGAAGAUGUGGAUGUGCCUUUGUUCAAUCUGCUAACCAUCACCAUUGCCACUAACAAUUUCUUAUUGAAAAAUAAGAUUGGACAAGGUGGCUUUGGACCUGUAUAUAAGGGAAAAUUAGAAGGUGGGCAAGAAAUUGCUGUGAAGAGGCUUUCAAGUAGGUCUGGACAAGGAUUAACAGAGUUCAUAACAGAAGUAAAACUGAUUGCAAAGCUUCAACACCGGAAUCUUGUAAAGCUCCUUGGCUGUUGCAUUAAAGGAAAAGAAAAAUUACUAGUAUAUGAAUACAUGGUUAAUGGAAGCCUGGACUCCUUCAUAUUUGAUAAAAUAAAAAGUAAAUUACUGGAUUGGCCUCAACGCUUCCACAUAAUACUUGGAAUUGUUAGGGGGCUUUUGUAUCUUCAUCAAGAUUCUCGAUUAAGGAUUAUUCAUAGAGAUCUCAAAGCAAGUAACAUUUUACUCGAUGAAAAGUUAAAUCCAAAAAUAUCAGAUUUUGGCUUGGCAAGAGCUUUCGGAGGAGACCAAACUGAAGGAAACACAGAUAGAGUAGUUGGGACUUAUGGAUACAUGGCCCCGGAGUAUGCUGUUGAUGGGCAAUUUUCAAUCAAAUCUGAUGUUUUCAGCUUUGGAAUUUUGUUGUUGGAGAUUGUAUGUGGAAACAAAAAUAAAGCUCUUUGUCACGAAAACCAAACUCUUAAUCUUGUUGGUCAUGCAUGGACACUUUGGAAAGAGCAAAAUGCUUUACAACUUUUUGACUCGAGCAUAAAGGACUCGUGUGUUAUCUCAGAAGUACUGCGAUGCAUCCAUGUUAGUCUCUUGUGUGUGCAACAAUACCCGGAGGAUAGGCCAACCAUGACUUCAGUAAUUCAAAUGUUAGGGAGUGAGAUGGAUAUGGUUGAGCCAAAAGAACCUGGUUUCUUUCCAAGGAGAAUUUUGAAAGAAGGAAAUCUAUGCACAAAUCUAAACCAAGUGACUUCAAACGAUGAAUUAUCCAUUACGUCAUUAAGUGGUCGAUGAAAAUGCAGUAAAUGAUUAUGUUUGGCAAGUCGCUUAGAUUGUCUUGUAUCUGUUUUUACUAGUUUUAAAAAUACUAACUUCUAAUUUUUAUGUUUUUAUAUUUUAUUCCCCUAAAUUCUUUAAGUGGUCGAUGAAAAUGUAGUAAAUGAUUAUGUUUGGCAAGUCA